AUGUCCCUUCCGCCAUUCAAGGUGAAGGCUGUAUUUGAGUAUACUUCACCGCAUGAUGAUGAUCUUCACUUUCCAAAUGGGCAAAUUAUCACGGUUACGGAGGAGGAAGAUGCAGAUUGGUAUGCGGGAGAAUAUGUUGAUGCUUCAGGAAUCAAACAAGUAGGUAUCUUUCCACGAAAUUUUGUGGAAAAGUAUGAGCCUACUGCUCCCCCAAGACCUACGCGUAUCAAUCGACCAAAGAAGGAGCCGGAACCAGCUUCUCCUGCUGUCGCUUUUGAGCCAGUGAGAGAACCAGAACAUGAGCCUGAACACGAAACACAACCCGAAGAGCUCCCUGAAGCUCCUGCUGUACAAGAGCGAGAACCUCCUCCUCCUCCUCCUCCUCCUCAAUCAGCUCCACAGGCUAAAGCUCCAAAUCCUGCCCCCCCACCUUCAGCACCAGCUGCUUCAAAACCACCUCCAAGUCAAAAGCCAGUUUCUCCUCCUGUCACUGAAAAGCCAAGCGGUGGGUCGUUCCGGGAUCGUAUUGCAGCAUUCAACAAAGCUGCACCUCCACCAGCUCCAUUCAAGCCCGCAGGCUUCAGUUCUGGAGGUUCGAAUAAUUUUAUCAAAAAGCCAUUUGUUGCCCCACCUCCAAGAAAGGAUGCCUAUGUUCCCACACCUCGCGAGCCGCCGCCACAAAAGAUAUACAAACGUGAGGAGGAUCCCGAGAUUGCGGCAAAAGAAAAUGAGAAUCAAGAGCUAGCUGAACGAGCAGGAUUGGCACACACUUUUCCAAGUAAUAAUAACGAUGAAGAGGAACAACCCAAACCAACAAGUCUCAAGGAACGUAUUGCUCUUUUGCAAAAACAACAAAUGGAACAAGCUUCUAGACAUGCGGAUGCAGCACAGAAGAAAGAAAAACCUAAGCGCCCACCGAAGAAGAGAUCAGAGUUUCAUGAAGCUGCGGAAGAAGGUGAUACUGCUAGCUUAGAACGGCCGGAAACUGGGGACAGGCCAGGAAAGGUCUCAAUGGAUUCUGUGAGGGAAGGAGAGGGUAUAUCACCACGAAGGACAAAAUCUUCUCGUGGACCUAUUCCUUCGAUUGAUGAUGGUAAUGAAGCGGAUAUGUCUGGAGCAGCUGAAACUACGGAAGAAUUGGAGGAUAUUUCUACUGGAAAGGAUGAUAGCGAUGACAGACUGAGGGUCAAACCUCCUCAACCUCUUGUCCGGGCCCCGACAGCUCCAGUUGUAGAGCCAGAUGUUGGUGAGGAAGAAGGCGCCGUCGAAGAAUCCUCACCCAUAGAAGCAGGGGAGGAAGAGGAAGAUGAUAUUGAUCCUGAAGUAAGACGCAAAGAAGAGUUACGAGCGCGAAUGGCAAAAAUGAGUGGUGGUAUGGGUAUGUACGGCAUGUUCGGUGGAAUGCCAAAGGCAGCUCCCCCUCCACCAAAAAAGAAGCCAUCAUUGCCAAUUCCCAAGCGUGGAAGUACGGCUGAAUCGGAAACGAUAGCUUCUCCCAUAGCUAGCGCACCACCUGUACCGAUGUUUCCUCUUCCUGGUCUGUCCAGAGUUCGAAGUCCGGAUGAAAUAGAGACACAAGCGGAUGUUGAGGAAGAGAAGAGACCAGUCACAUCCUCGCGUCCUGCUGAUGUUGCGCCGGAUGUUGAGGACGUCGUACCUGAAAAGGGAGAAGAAUCGGUACCUCCACCAGUCCCGUCUCAUGAUGGAGGCGCACCACCCCCAAUUCCAGGCGGACGACCAGCUCCUCCGCCUGUUCCAACCGAUUCUCGACCUAUUCCUGCACCUUCUUCAGUCCUAUUAUCACCAGGUACCGGCUAUGAAUCUGAUGAUGAAAUGCCCGAGCAAACAAGAAGAAUGUCAUUAGCAACUCCGAGUGUCGAACCACCUCAAGCUCCUCCCCGACCCGAUGCCCCAAUUUCCCCACGCUCGCCACCUAACAGGAGAGCUUCGUACUUUAGUCCUGAUCAAUCACCACAAUUCCCAAUCACGCCUGGUGGCAGACGUGCCAGUAGAGUCCCACCUAUCCCAGCAGGUAUUCCCCCUCCUUCAUCUCAAGCUCGAGCCCCUCCACCACCUCCACCCGGGGCGGAAUUGAGCAGAUCUUCGACUGGUGAUAAAGAUGUACAUCCUCACUUAAACCCACCACCUGCACCUGUGGAUGAUGGAAAGGAAGACGAAUAUGAGGGUGAUUAUGAUACUGAUAUCGCUUCCGCUGUACCACAUAAAGAAGCUUUGAAGCAUAGUAGAGAAGCAAACGCUGAUGAUUCCCAUCUUCGGUCUCCACUUGCUUCUCCAAGUUUCGCUCCUCCGCCCUUUCCUCCCACUACGGCUCUAAAAUUCGCACCACCACAAUUACCAUCACAACCACCUCCUCGUCCAUCAGCGGAGGUUUCUAGAGUUGCUCCACCCGCUCCACCACCGCCACCACCUGGUAGGGCCCCGGCUCCAUGGGAACCCGAGAAUGUUGAAUAUGAUCCUUAUAAUUAUUCGCCAGCGGCAAGCGCCCCAAUUCAUAUUGCGCCAGCUACACCAAAUAUGGAGCCCGUCGAAGAUGAUUUAUAUUCAGCUUCUCCGCCAAGAUCAUUUGCCUCACCUAAACAAGUUCGAGCUCCACCUCCACCUCCUAACAAACCUUCGUUGAAACAAUCCUUGGACCUAAAUCGUGCGGCUGUCACCGGUGCGAAAAGAUCCAUGGACUUGAACAGAAUGUCUAUGGAUUCGGGUUUUAUGGCCAAUGAUGUUGAUUUGGCAGUUAGUAGUCAAUGGUGGACUGUUAAAAAAAGUCUUCCUCCUGUUUUCCAAACUCGAAAAGACAUUUUGACCGACUCGGAAGAUACAUCAUCAAUUUCUGAUACCAAUCAACCUGUAGUCACAAGAGAACUCUUUGUCCUGUUCCAUGAUUACUCCCAAACUAUUAUCGCUGCUCAAUACAAUCCAAAGGAUCCUUCUGAUUGUCAACUUGAACAAAAACAUGAAGGACCACCUGCUCGUUUACGUCAAGAUCAAUUGGAAGAUGCUCAUGAGCGUUUUGGUAAACGUGUCAUUGAAGCAGUGAGUGUUAGACAAAACACUAUUGUUGGUGAUGGCACUCCUCAAGGAUUAAUCUUGGAAUUAUUAAAACCACUAGCUGGUGUUCUUAUGCCAGUGGGAACUCGCGCAUAUGGAGCUCUCGUCUAUAGUAAUAUGGCAAAUGCAUCCACUCAACAAUUCGAUGAAAUUCGAGCAGGUGACAUUGUUACGUUGCGAAAUACCCGCUUUCAAGGAAAACAUGGUUCCAUGCAUACGAAAUAUGCAGCAGAAGUUGGAAAACCGGAUCAUAUGGGAGUAGUAGCUGAAUGGGAUGGCACAAAGAAGAAGUUGAGGGCUUGGGAACAAGGGAGAGAGAGUAAGAAGGUUAAGUUGGAGAGUUUCAAGUUAGAUGAUUUGAGGAGUGGUGAGGUGAAGAUUUGGAGAGUGAUGCCCAGAAGUUGGGUGGGUUGGGGUGAGGGGAAUUGA